AUGUGGUGGUGGACGUGGGCCAGUCGCUGCCCCUGUUGCUCGUGCCCCUUGUCCGACGUGGCGCGUCCGAGUCGCACGGACCACGAGCUCCACGCGCUGCCAACGCCCUCGACGCCGUCGGUCGCCCACGCCGCAGCUCCCCGUCCCGGUCUCUACACGGCCCGCCACCCCCUGACGCAGGAGCUCGUGGCGCUCCAAGUGCUCGACCGCCACGUUCUGCGCGACCGCCCGACGCGGCGGCGACUGCGUCAAGAAGUGCGAGUGCUGCGGCUGGCGAACGGCCACGAGCAUCUGCUGCAGCUGCACGACGUGCGCGUCGCGCACACGCGCGUCGAACUGACGUUUGAGCUCGCGCGGGGCGGCCACGUGCUGCCAAAGGUGCGGUCCGAGCGAGACGCGAGUCGCGUCGUGCAGCACGCGGCAGAGGGACUGCUGUUCCUGCACGGCCGCGGCAUUGUCCACGGACAGGUGAGGCCCGAGUACCUGUUGUACAGCGAAGACGCGCCGGACGCGCGCGUGCUGCUCGUGGCGUUCGGCCGCGCCGCGCCGUGGAAAAAGACGUAUCGGUCCACGACGGACAAGUGGCUCUGGGACGACGUGCACCACGUGCACUUUGUGCCGCCGUUUCUGCUGCGGCGGCGGCAGACAAUCGCUCGGGACGGACUGGAGCGUCGACGACGAUGGACGAGAAGGAGAAGGCGACGGGUCGUGACCUCCUGGCGAGAAGCGCAGCAGAUUGAUACGUGGGCACUGGGCGUCACGCUCUAUGUGAUGCUGUGCGGGUGUUACCCGUUCAGCGACGGCAAAGACCGCAGUGACAGUGUCGCGGACAUUGAGCGCCGCGUGCUGCAGGACGAGUUGACCAUUCGAGAGCACGGUGCGGUCCUGAGCCGCGCGGCGAAAGAUCUGCUGCGUCGACUGCUGGAGAAGGAUCCGGAGGCGGCUAUGAGUAUCAAAGACGUGGCUGCUCAUCCGUGGCUGGAGGAGGCAGUGGCGCCGGGAGCCACUUGGAGCGCCGAGAAGCUCGCGCAGCACCAGUUGUUCACCGCGAGGUAUGCUGAAGAGCUCUUGGCCAUUGCACACCGCUCGUCGGGAUCGACUGCUUCGACGUCGAACGUCAUGAUGGACACCACACGGAGUGAUGUGGAACAUGCAGCUACGGCUGAGGCUGGUGGACUGACUGUAAAGGACAAAGCCCGACGGUGUCCAGGAGUCGGCGGCAGUGCUUUUGAUUACGACACGCUGGAAAUGGAUACGAACGAAGAAGAAGAGGAAGAGGAAAAAGACGAAGCCCGACCGUCGUUUAUAUCCACACAUGGCACGCAGCUCUUGACGAACGAAGAAGUACGACACGAGCGCCCCAGUGCCGAUAGUUUCAUGCGCCUCGCUAGCCUCGAAAUGGGGGCAAACAACAUGGACGCGGACCUCGGCGAUGAAGACGCUGUCGCUGACCAGGCGAUCAGCAGUUCCCCGGAUGCCGAGUCCGCAAGUGUUUCAUCCGCAGACAUCAGUACGACCGGUGGUAGCAGUCGCCGGAAUUCGAUCGACAAGAUGCUGCUAGCGCUGCUGGGCCAGCGACGUUUCUUCUCUUUCAAAUCGCAAAGCAGCGGCUCCAGCAACGACAGGAGCUGA